AUGGCCAAGCAAAAUUCUCCAUCACUAAUUGAAGUUGUAAAACAAGUUGCAGAGCAGCAGCAUUCGCAAGUAUCAGAGAUAGAAAAAAGCAAAACAGUUCUUUUCCAAUUGCAGGCAAGGUUUCAGGAGCUAGAAAAAGAAAUGGAGUCUAUUCUGUUAGAAACAAAGAUGACAGAAAGGGAAAUAUAUCUGCAAGAUGAUGCCAUAGAAGUGACAAAAUAUCACUGUGAAAAUCUAGAGGCCCAAGUCAUAGCCUUAUAUUCUGAAAAUUUAAAGCUGAGGCGUGACGUGGAAACAGUAGAAGAAGAGUUUGAGAUGACAUUUGCAAGAAAUAAUGAAUAUCGGGAAAAAAUAAAGGCUCAUAAACAUCUCUUUUGGGAGAUGGAAAGUAAAAUGCCAGUGAUGAUUGAGCUUGCUAAAAAGAAAACUGUUGUUAAAGAAUUAAAGACAAAGAAGGAGGAGUUAAUGCAUGAUCUCCAGAACCCAGAAGGAUCUGUUAUAAACCAAGUGCAGGAAGAAAUUACACUUUUACAAAGGAACAUCACAACAUUGAAAGAGUUCAUCAAUAAAAAAACAGAUUUGCUGGAAGAAGAGAAAAAAAGGCAUGCUAAGCUUAGAAAGGAAAUUGAG